AUGGAUAAUGGAUUUGACAUUUAAUAUUAGCUUUUGAGAGACACUAAGAUUAUUAUGACAACGUUAUUAAAUUAUAGUAAGAAAACAAAUGAAUGUUUAUGUGGAUCGCAUCUUGGUGCGGCUAAACCAAACCACACCAACUUCACUGUGCUAGCAAUUCUUGUGUUGUGGAGGGAUGAUGAAGAAACUCUCACUCUCACCCUCCCAUUUGGAAACUAAAUGUGCCUUCACUAUCUCUUUGAUGCGCUUGAUGGGUUUCUUCGUCGCUUCUUUCGUCCUCUGCUCUGUAAUUUUCUCACUCUCCAUUGUUCUUCGAGACCCUCCUUCAGAUGCAGCUCUUCGCGAACCUUCCUCACUCACGCCUCUCUUUCAAAUCACACAAACUCAACAAGAUUUGGACAAUGAUGCCUCUGAUUCUGAUGAGUUGCCAAAAUCAAAAGAUGCACUGCUUGGUGGCCUUCUAUCUGCUGGAUUUGAUGAAAAAUCUUGUCUCAGCAGGUAUCAGUCAGCCUUGUAUCACAAAGAGCUAUCAGGAAAGCCUUCUUCUUAUCUCAUUUCUAGGUUAAGAAAAUAUGAAGCUCAACACAAAGAAUGCGGACCUUAUACUGAAUCAUAUAACAAAACAGUGGAAGAACUCAGGUCUGGUAAAUUUACCGAGUCCUCAGCUUGUAAAUAUGUUGUAUGGAUUUCAUUUAGUGGGUUAGGGAAUAGGAUUUUGACCUUAAUUUCUGCGUUUCUUUAUGCUCUCCUCACAAACCGUGUUCUAUUGGUUGACCCUGGUGUGGAUAUGAUUGAUCUCUUUUGUGAGCCGUUUCCAGAUACUUCCUGGUUUCUCCCUGCUGAUUUUCCUCUUAAUGCUCAAUUUAAUAAUUUCAGCCAGAAAUCUGAUCAAUGUUAUGGGAAAAUGCUGAAAAGUAAUUCAGUUACAAAUUCCACCGCUUCAUCUUUUGUCUACCUUCAUAUACUCCAUGAUUACGAUGAUCAUGAUAAGCUUUUCUUCUGCGAUGAAGAGCAACAUUUCCUCCAGAAAGUGCCUUGGCUAAUGAUGAAAUCAGAUAAUUAUUUUAUUCCAUCUUUAUUCUUAAUGCCGUCUUUUGAGCAGGAACUCAAUGAUCUCUUUCCAAAUAAGGAAACAGUUUUCCAUUUCUUGGGUAGGUAUCUGCUCCACCCCACAAACAGUGUGUGGGGACUUGUUGACAGAUACUAUCAAGCUUAUUUAGCUAAAGUUGAUGAAAGAGUGGGCAUACAAAUUAGAGUGUUUGACACGGAUCCUGGUCCAUUUCAACAUGUGUUGGAUCAGAUCUUAGCUUGUGCUUUGAAGGAGAAACUUUUGCCUGAUGUUAAUCACCAGCAAGAUACUAUCAAUUCAUCUGAAAUUCCCAAGACAAAAGCAGUAUUGAUGACAUCCUUAAACUCUGGUUAUUUUGAAAAGGUUAGAGACAUGUAUUGGGAAUAUCCUACAGUUACAGGAGAAGUGGUUGGCGUUUACCAGCCGAGCCAUGAAGGAUAUCAACAAACACAGAAGCAGAUGCACAACCAAAAAGCUUGGGCAGAAAUGUAUCUCUUAAGCUUAACUGAUGUGUUGGUUACUAGCUCAUGGUCUACUUUUGGCUACGUUGCUCAGGGGCUUGGAGGUUUAAAACCAUGGAUUCUGUACAAACCUGAGAAUCGAACUGCUCCGGAUCCUCCCUGUCGACGUGCCAUGUCAAUGGAGCCAUGUUUCCAUGCUCCUCCCUUCUAUGACUGCAAGGCCAAGAGAGGAACUGACACAGGUGAACUUGUUCCAUACGUUAGGCAUUGCGAAGAUAUGAGCUGGGGCCUUAAGCUUGUAGACAGUUAUAGUUAUAAGUAGUUGUGACCAAUGCAUUGUAUGCUAUUGUUAAAACUCGGGUACGAAGUGUUGCAAUUUUGUUGUAAAAUAGAAUGAGUUAUUUAUGUUAGAUGUGUAUCAGUGUAUGCAGUUUUCUCCCAGAGAACCAUGGUGUUAUUAGCUUUA